AUGAAAGCAAACAAGCGGCCAACUUUAAAAGCAUUCUUCUUCUUCUUCUUCUUCUUCUUCUUCUUCUUCCUCCUCCUCCUCCUCCUCCUCCUCCUUCACCUCUUCUUCUUCUUCUUCCUCUUCCUUUCUUCCUCUUCUUCUUCCUCUUUUUCCUCUUCUUUUCUUCCUCUUCUUCUUCCUCUACCUCUUCUUCCACUUCCACUUUCUCUUCUUAUUCUUCCUUCUCUUCUUCCACCUCUUCUUAUUGUUCUUCCACUUCCACUCCUUUUUCUUCCUCUUCUUCUUCUAUUUCUUCUUCCUCCUCCUUUUUUCCUCGUUCUCUUCUUCCUCUUCUUCCACUUCCACUUUCUCUUCUUCUUCUUCCUCUUCCUCUUCUCUCUCUUCUUCUCCUCCUCCUUUUUAUUCUUCUUAUGCCUCUUCUUUUUCCACAUCUUCUUCUUCCUCUUCCUCUUCCUCUUCUUCUCUUCUUCUUCCUCUUCUCCUUCUUCCUCUUUUCCUUCUUCCUCUUCUUCUUCCUCUUCUUUCUCUUCUUCUCUUCUUCUUCCCCUUCUCAUUCUUCCUCUUCUUCCUCUUCUUCUUCUUCCUCUUCUUUCUCUUCUUCUUCCUCUUCUCCUUCUUCCUCUUCUCCUUCUUCCUCUUCUUCUUCUUCCUCUCCCUCUUCUUCUCUUCUUCUUCGUCUUCUCCUUCUUCCCCUUUUCUUUCUUCCUCUUCUUCUUCUUUUCUUCUUCCUCUUCUCCUUCUUCCCCUUUUCCUUCUUCCUCUUCUUCUUCUUCCUCUUUUCCUUCUUUCUCUUCUUCUUCUUUUUUUCUCUUCUUCUUCUUCUUCUUCUACACCUUCUUCUUAUUCUUCUUCUAUUUCAUAUUUCUUUCUAUCACAAUGGCAUUGUUUCUCUUCCUUCACACAAUCUCUCUGCAUAUAUUGUUCACUCUCUCUCUUUUUCUCUCUCUCUCUUUCUCCCUCUCUCUUUCUCUCUCUCUCUCUCUCCUUUUGUCUUUCUGUCUUUCUUUCUCUCUUAUUCUGUCUCUCUCUUUUUCUCUCUCUUUCUCUUUCUCUCUUUCUGUCUCUCUCUAUUUUUCUCUCUCUGUGUCUCUCUCUCUGUCUCUCUCUUUCUGUCUCUCUACCUUUCUCUCCCUGUUUCUGAACACAGGAGAAAUUUCACCUCCCAGGACACCACAAGAACAUUUUUAUUGCUGGUUUAAUUUUUAUCUAUCUAUCUAUCUAUCUAUCUAUCUAUCUAUCUAUCUAUCUAUCUAUCUCAGUAUUGGUCAGCGAAUAGAGACGAAUGAGACAAUCACCCGAUGUUGCGUUGGAUUGAGUAUCGAUCUGCUGAAAAUCCUUAGUGAUCGUGUUGGAUUCGAUUAUGAACUCUUUGAAGUCGAGGACCGGAUUUGGGGGUCACGGCAACCAAAUGGUGAAUGGAAUGGUUUGGUGCGAUCAAUUCUUGACAAGAAAGCAGAUUUUAUAAUGACAUCGAUGAAAAUUACCCCUGAACGGAACGAAGCAGUAGAUUUCACGGUUCCAUUUUUGGAGACUGGUAUCACAAUCAUCGUCGCUAUCCGAGAGGGCGCUGUCUCACCAACAGCUUUCCUAGGUAUAACAGAAGUAAGAAUGGCCAGUUACAGCGAAGAAAAAUAUCAAGUUCUCAUUCUCCACGGGAGAAAAUGUUUUACGGUGGAUUAA